UAGUAAAAGUACAAGAUGGAGUGGGAGGUAUAUCUGCAUGCGAGGAAGUUCUGUUUUUUGAGGUUUGAAAACAUGUAUAAACAGCUGAAUUUUAAGCAUUUCCUUUAAAUGCCUAAUUCAGAUGGCAGGUCAGUGUGGUCAAACACCUGAAAAAUAAGCAUGUCUAUUUUGAAACCAAUACAGUGGGUUUGGUUAACGGUGGAGUUCACUUUUAUCAUACCAUAUUUUUCACACCCGUGAGCUACACCCUGGUCGCCUAGUAAGUUAAUUCAAACUCAUGAGGUUUUGCAAAUCUCAAGAUCUGGCUUUACCAUGAACAUUGUAUUGAAUGUGCUCCCAAGCUCUUUAAAUAUCUUUUACCUCACCCCGCGUUUAAUCAGUCUGAGAUGUUUCAUUCUUUUGCAUUAAGCAUUCAAGGAAAAAAACAUGUGUGCUGGCAGAAUUUUCAGCCAUUUCACAUGCAAACUCUUUCAAAAUUGAAAUAACCUGGCGUAUGUCAAGACAUGAUGUAGUCCACAACAUUAAUGCGCUGCAUGAGAGUUAGGAUGUCACUACAAUUUAUUUGGAUCAGGUGUGUAAUACGAGGGCACAGAACAGGUGGCUUCAGUUCAGUCGAGGAACAUGGCACUGAUUAUGUAAAAGUACGUAGUCCCCCCCCCCCCCCAUGUCAAAUGUUUCUGAACUUCCACUUUCAAGUGCAGAUGUCAAAUUAAAAAUGGGUUACAGACGUAGACCUAGCCUCCAAAUGUGGGUAUGGCGGUGUUCCACAUUUGAACUGCAGCAGAAAAAAAAAUAAAGUUUAAGAAAAUACACGUCCAGUUUAAAAUUUUACCUUUAAAAUGUAAGUUUCAACGACUCGAGGGUGUAUAUUUCUUUAGUUCAUGCAACAUUAAAGGCGGGCCAGAUUCCUACAGUUGACCGGUGCUGCUGCUAACACUAACUUAGCUGUUGGCUGUAGCUAGCGUUAGCACGAUUUAGGGCGCAAGCAAACAACUUAGUAGUAACAGUGAAGAUUAACACGGUUCAAUCACUGGGAGAACAGGUGUUUGAGCUUGGGCUUCCUAACCGGACCACUAGGAGAUCUGGUAGAGUCGCCCUGCUCAGUUUUACUCUGCUCAGUUGCCAACAGUCCCGGCAUGAAGACACCGGAGCAGCAGAGACCAACUCUUCGCGGCAGCCAAGCUGACCACGGCAGGACAUUCACGGUGUUUCUGGACGGGAAACUGAACACGACGGAGUGAUUUCUCUUGGCUUUUUUUUGUUGUUGUUGUUCGUUCCCAGCGCCACUUCAAACACCUCCUGUAGUUAGCUGAAAGCCAGAAACCACAAAAAAACAGCAAACGACAAUUGGUACAGUGUGAUCUCACAGCAGAAUGAAGAGUCAACUGGAGGUGACAGUCAUCCUCACAGAGCCCAGAAGUCAUCUUCAGGCCACGCUAGGAUAAGCAGGGCGGUCCUGGGUGCAGAACUAACCAUCGACACUCUGCCAGACAACAUGACACGUGUAGUAGAGGACUCUGGCAAGUAUUACAUAUGGCGUAGCUUUGGCCCAGAAGACCAGCACACACAGGAACUAUGGGUAGACAUGAAUGACGUCCGGCAUGGCCAAGUUAGAGUCCAUGGCAUUCUGUCAAAUUCAUACAAACAGGCAGUGAGGGUUGCCCUGUCGUUUGACUUUCCUUUUUACGGACAUUACCUGAGGCAGAUUACCAUAGCAACAGGAGGGUUUAUCUUCACAGGGGACAUUACUCACCGUAUGCUGACCGUAACACAGUACAUUGCCCCUCUAAUGGCUAAUUUUGACCCCAGCUACUCCAAAGAUUCCACCGUGCAAUACCUGGAUAAUGGUGAGGUGUUUGUGGUCCAGUGGGAGCAGGUCAGACUCCCAGGAAAAGAGUCAGAAGGAGCGUUUACAUUUCAGGCUGCGCUUUACAAAACAGGAACCAUCACGUUCAGCUACCGAGAUAUACCUCUGUCAUUAGAUGUGAUCAGUUCAGCUGAGCAUCCAGUGAAGGUCGGUUUGUCUGAUGCCUUCAUGGUAACGUCAUCUUCUCCUCAAUCAUCAGAUGCCCAACGGCGGACGAUUUAUGAGUACCAUCGGGUUCAGAUAGACACCACAAAGAUCACCAAAUACUCUGCUGUUGAGUUCACUGCACUGCCUACCUGCCUGCAACAUGACAGCUGUGAGCUCUGCCUCUCAUCCAACCAAACCUCUGGUUGUAGCUGGUGCAAUGUACUCCAAAGGUGUUCUGAUGGCAUGGAUAGACACAGACAAGAAUGGCUGGACUAUGCCUGUUCAGAAGAGAGCAAAGAUGCAACCUGUGAGGAUUACUCCAGGGCCGACAGCUCCACUGGUUCCUCUAUCACACCAGAGGUCGAGGAUGUGACCUCUUUGAUUCCUCUUCAAAAAAGCUGUGAAAGUGACGAUGAGACCAAACAUCAUAUGUUUAAGACUAGCAAUGAUGUGAAGACAGAUUCUUCAACCAAGAGUGACGGGUUGGCUAACACAGGCGUCAUAGCCAGUAUAGCAGCUGCACUGAUUUUACUUUUGGCUCUGGUACUUGUGGCUCUUUACAUCAACUACCAUCCUACUGCUGCAUCACCACUUUACCUCAUCCAGCGACGCAAGAACUACUGGCCUUCCUUGAAGUUUCAGAAGCAACAACCUGGUUACACAGAAGUGGAAGGAGAAGGUCAUGAAAAAGACUGCAUUGUUGAAGCUGGGCCAUGUUGAAAUGAUGGAUGGAAACUUGGAUAAACAAGAUAUUUGCAAUGAACUGAUUUCUACAAACAUUCAAGUAUAUCCAUUUAUCAAAACACUUACAUUCUAAAACCACAUCAACUUUUACAAUUAGUUUAUGAUUUUUCAUGACUCCACUGCAAAAUGAUGAAAUUGUUUGGGUAGAUCAGAGCUGAAUGUUACUGAAUGAUUUAAACAGAAAUGUAUAUCUGCUGGAAUAAAUGGUGGUUGCAUUCCACCUAUUUUUUUAAAACUUUAUCUAAUUUGAAACAAUAAACUGUGCAAUGCAUGCCACAAGGUUGACAACCUUAGAAACAUAUAUAAACUGUGCUGUUUUACAUCAAACAAAUAAAGUUCUGGGUGUGCUUCA